UUUACUACACCCAGGGACGAGGAUCACGAUCGUGUGAGAAUGAAUCAGUUGUUUUCCUUUUUCGUUUCCGUCGGUCUGCUAAUUUUCGCGGUCGCUUCAUUAGAAGCUCAGCUUCCCCGAUCUGUGUCUAAUACAGUAUCACUAUAAGCGACGAGUGAUAACUGUGGAGAGACUGUAUCUCGGUAGGAGGAGGUAGAGGCCCUGGAGAGAGGGGAGAUGGCGAUUGCAGUCAGGGAGUACGACGCGAAAACAGACCGGUCGGCGGCGGAGGCGGUCGACCGGAUGUGCGAGGUGGGCACGAGCGGGAAAGCGUCGCUGUGCAUGGACCUUCUCGGCGACCCCCUCUCCCGCGUUCGCCACUCCCCCGCCUACCUCAUGCUGGUAUAUAUAUGUAUCAUUCGAUCCCUUUCUGUGAGGUGGUUUACGAUCCGUGUCGAUCGUUCUCAGGUGGCUGAGACAACUGGCCCGGUGAAGGAGAUCGUGGGCGUCGUCCGUGGCAGUGUGAAGGUGAUCGCCUGCGGCAGGAACAACCCUCGACAAGGUGGCGGAGGGACGAUGAAGAGCCGCACUCCGGUGUACACGAAGGUCGGCUACGUGCUUGGCCUUCGCGUCUUGCCUUCCCACAGGAGGAUUGGUGUUGGAUUGGAGCUGGUGAAGCGGAUGGAGGACUGGUUUCGGGAGAAGGCAGCGGAGUAUGCGUACAUGGCGACGGAGAAGGGCAACGCGGCGUCCCUUCGACUGUUCAUCGGGCGAUGCGGCUACACCAAGUUCCGCACGCCAUCCAUCCUCGUCCACCCGGUGUUCGCCCACCGCUUCGCCCUCCCCCGCUGCGCUGCGGUCCUCCGCCUCCCACCCGCCUACGCCGAAGCCAUCUACCGCCGCCGCUUCUCUGCCACCGAGUUCUUCCCCCGCGACAUCGACGCCGUCCUCGCCAACCCCCUCUCUGUGGCCACCCUCCUCGCCGUCCCAGCAGGCUGCGCCGCCGCGGAGCGGUGGCCAGGAGUCGAAGCUUUCCUGGCCGCCCCGCCGGAGUCGUGGGCGAUGGCGAGCGUCUGGGACAGCGGGGGCGUGUUCCAGCUGGAGGUCCGGGGGGCGUCGCGGCUGCGGCGGGCCGCCGCAGCAGCCACGCGGGCGGCUGACAGGGCCGCGCCUUGGCUGCGGAUCCCGUCGGUGCCGGACCUUUUCCGGCCGUUCAGGGCGUGGUUCCUGUACGGGAUCGGCGGGGAGGGGCCGGAGGCGGCGGCGAUGGCGGCUGCGGUGUGGCGAGUGGCGCACAACGGGGCGAUGGGCGCGGCGGCGGUGGUGGCGGUGGAGGUGGCAGAGACGGAGCCGCUCCGCCAGGGCAUCCCGCGGUGGCGGCGGCUGUCGGUGGCGGAGGACGUGUGGUGCGUGAAGCGGCUGGCGGAGGAGUACAGCGACGGGGCGGUCGGCGAUUGGACCAAGUCAGCACCGGGGUCCUCCAUAUUCGUAGACCCCAGGGAGCUGUAAGGUGAAGCCAGGCUUCCCCAUGUCACAGGUAGCUGCUAGCUGUAGGCUGUUGCCCAUUUCCAUGCUUUCUCCUUCUGCAGAAAUGUUUUCAUUUUGGUGUGUUUUCUGUAACAUCCCAAGGAAGCUAAGGGUGAAAGCAAAGGUUUUUUUAAAAGAAAAAGACACGUUAAAUUAAA